GCUUACUAGGCGGUGGGAGGAUGACCCUGGAAAGUACAAAGCUGGACAGAGAUGAUAAUAGGAUUUGGGAGUAAGCAGCAGGUCUCAGCCACCGACCUUAGCAUUCCCUGUGGUGAUGCAGCCCUGGACCAACUCAGGGGCGCCUUCGGCAUCCUGGCGAAGCUCCUCCCCACAGAGCCUCCGCAGGGUAAUGAAGCUUGAAGCCCUUUGUGGUCUAGCCCCUCCAGAAGUCCCUAAUCCAGAAAAGGAGGCGGUGCCAGAUGCCGAGCUGAGCUCCAAGUCGAGGCCACAGGAUGCAGGGGCCAAGGUCAAGGCCCUGGGAGUCAGGCCCAAGCCUGCACCAGAGUUGGGGGAUGAGGCCCAGGCCCUGGGAGCCGAGGCAGGGCCUGAGACUGAGACUGAGCCGCUGGACUUCGUGAUGGCCACUGAACGGGAGUUUGAGGAGGUGCUGGCCAUCUCAGGGGGCAUCUACGGCGGCCUUGACUACCUUCCCAGCCGCUACCACAGCUGGCUCCGGGACCCCAACCGCACUGUGGUGCUGGCCAAGCGUAAUGGAGGCGUGAUCGCGCUCGAGUCGGUGCACGUGAUCGACGCGGGGGAGACGGCGCUGGUGGAGGGGCUGCGCGUGGCGCCCUGGGAGCGUGGCAAGGGCGUGGCCGGGCUGCUGCAGCGUUUCUGCUCGCAGCUGGCCAAGCGACAGUACCCUGGGAUCAAGGUGACACGACUUACCCGGGACGACCAGCUGAGCCCCCGAGAGCUGAAGAAAUACCGUCUAAUCACUAAGCAGGGCAUCCUUUUGGUUCGAUUCAACGCGUCAGAGCUGCUGGCGGGGCUGGGUGCGCGGCUGGCGGCGCUGCGGGCCUCCGGCACUUUCUCGCCCUUGCCCACCGAAGCCGUGUCCGAGGCCAGCGGCGACGUGGCGCGCCUCCUACUGUCUCCCUCGGUGCAGCGCGACGUGCUCCCGGGAAGUACUAUCAUCCAGGACUGGCAGCCCUAUCAGCCGAGCGAGAGCAACCUGCGCCUGCUGGCCGCCAAGAGCCUGGAGUGGCGGGUGGAUAGCCGCGCGCGGCCCCGCGUGCUCACGCUGUGCACGCGCCCCUUUCCCAUCCCGCACGGUGGCGAUGGCACCUGGCGCUGCCUCAACAUCGACGCUUUCGGCAAUGAUGGCGCGCAGGUGCAGAGCCAGCUGCUCUGGCACCUGCAGCGCCAGGCCCCGCGUCUGGCUGGCCUCAAUGUCAUGUGUCAGCUCUUUCUGGCUCCCCAGCUGUGGUCACAACUGGCCGACUUCUGCCAGACCGGCCUGGGGCUAGAGCUGGUCAAGGGUUAUACAGAACAGUGCCUGCUGGAGGCGGAUCUCUGAGGUCCCCCCUUCUCAGGGAGAGGGCUGCUGGGGAGGCAGAAGAAGAGAUGCACUUUAGGGCCUUCCACUUCCGCAGGUUUCCCGCUCAGCUCCGCCCCCCUGCCAAUUCCAAGCUCCGCUCUCCCUCUGCCUGCUGGAGCGUGCUUCGACGCCCGUCCCUUCCGAGGCCUUGCCCCUGGUCCCACCCCUUCCUUAGACCCCUCUGUCCGCCAGCUUGCCUCUAGCGCCCCCAGCCUGACCUCACUGCUGGCUAGGAGCGAGUUCCUUGCGCUGCUGUGGUCUACGCCCUCCUCUUUCCUGCCUCCAUGCAGGCGUCUGAGCCCCCGCCUCUCCCAGCCUGUCGCCCUAGCCUGGGAGUGAAUGCUACCCUACUUGGCUUCUCCCAACCCCUCCCUUCUCCCCCACUUCCUGGUCCUGGAAGCCGGGAGCAGUGUGCAGUGACGGGUACCGGACCAAGAGCUCAGCCUCAAUGAGCUUUCUUCCUCCCGCCCUUUCUCCAGCCGUUCCAGAGGAGCCCCACAGCCUCCAAGGGUCCCCUCCCCUGUCGCACCCCACGCCGCUCAGCCGCUCUCACCAGCAGCGUCUCUUUAGGGGCCGCUUUCUUUCCCCCCCUGCCCGCCUCAUCCCUCGCCCAGUGCAAUACAGAGAGGUCCUGCGAAUGGAAUACAUUUCUGAUGCCCCGCCAUUCGGCCCCCUGAUUACAUUCUGGCUAUGCACCUUCUAGAGAGCCUGCCCCGCCAAUUUUGCAUGAGAUGACUACUUCACAGCACCCCCGUGCCCCGCAAACCACCAGGGGGUUCUGGCUGGAGAGUUUGGUGCAAUGGAGGGCCGGUCCCUCAGCCUGGGGUAGGGGGCGUCGCCUGGUUUCAACCAGGCUGCCUUAGAACGCGACCAGAGCCCCCCCCCAACCCGGUUCUCUCUCUCUCUCUGUCUCUGUUCACUCUUCUUAGACUUUGGAGAGUGUUCUAUUUAAAUGUUCAUAGUAAUGGCUGCCUGUAUUUGUAUAGCACUGUCUCCGGUCCUGGAUUUCCGCGCGGAGGCUCUGAAAGAUCAAAGCGGCGCCAUCCCAGUCACUCUAGUAACUGAGUGGGAGAGUGGUGGUGGUGGGGGGGCGCUCCAAAGAAACAGAACCCAGGUCUCCCACGCUCCGAGUGUGGCCCUGGACUUGGGUAGGGAUUCUUUUGACAGCUAGCCCAGGGCUACCUGGGGAUGGAGUUCGGGGAGUGGUCGGAAGAGGGCGCCAGGAAGGCCGAGGGUAGGCGAAAGGACUGCUCCACCACUUUCCCAGCCCCGCAGUUGGUGGCUGUGUUGCCCCUUCCUGCUUCAUGUGCCCGGCCACGCUGCCACUCUGGCCAUCGCUGUAUUGCAAUAAAAUGAAUCCUUUGCCCGC